CAUUCUUAUCUUUCUUCUUGAGGAUGGACCAAGUAUAUAAGGUCCGUGUUAAUAGCCAGAAAAGCAUGGAUUGAUGAAGAUUUCUUUUAUAUUAAGAUCUGCCGAAUUUCCACGAUGCCUUUGUUGGCAGUGGUCUGUGAGCUACCUAAGAAGUGAAAAGGAAAACACAAUUUUCCUCUCUUGCAUUUUUUUUUCUUUUUUCUUUUUUACAUUUGAGACAACAGAUAGAGAGAGAGACUGAGAGCAAUUGGGAGAGACAGAGAAUAGUGACAGUGGGAGUGAAUGAGAGAAAGGGAGAGACUCUCUUUCCCUAGAUAGUGAGAGAGAGAAUUAAAAAGAAAAACGAGCAUUGACGCAGACAGAAUAUUUUAACCAACCAAACAGACGAAACGUUCCCAAGAUACCGGAAGCUCCAAAUACGUUUGUUUUUAUGGCCAAGUAUAAAGCUCGCGUCGCCCAGGGAACGGUUGAUAGUCCUCGCCUCAGUGGCCAGCGAGAACGUUGCCCGAUGACUCUCCGCCGAGGAACCGAGAUGUCGGGCAAGAGGAAGUUCCUGGUUGCGGGCACCUGGACGUCACAAGCGGACUCGAGCGCAGAGGCCCUCAGACCCGACAUCGUUCCCGCAAUCACUUCGUCGCGAGUGUCUCGCUCGUCCCUCUGGGCGACGCACGAGGCCCUCAGGUCGACCGCCCAGCUGAUCCAGCAGCUUCGUCAGCUAGAAUGCGCAAGGAGGCUGGCAGCGACGACGCGCAGUCCGAAACGAUACAUUUGAAUGGUCUGCUCUCAGUGCUGUCGUGAGCAGACUCCACUACAGGAGGAUUACGUGUAAAUAGGUCUAUGUAUUUAUAAGUCCUUGCUAUUUGGUAAUGAAGUACCGACAUUAUUUAUUGUGAAAGUAUUUAUUUUUAGCAAUAGACACUGCAACAAUAUUUAUGAAAUAAAUAUAUUUUUACAAGCCUGUUGUCUACUUAAAUCUCAGUACUAUAUAUUGAUAUCAUGUAAUAAAGUGUAUAUAUGUAUAAAAGUUUAAACGCACCAGAAAUACAAAAAAAAAAAGAUUUUUAUCAUUAUUCUUUUUUUGUUCAUUUAUAUGACUGGCUACUCAUUAAUGCCAGUGAUAAAUAUAUAGACAUAUAAGUGUGUGUGUGUGUGUAGAUAAAAUAAAUGAGUAUAUAGAUUGACUGAUUGAUAGAUUUAUUUAAUUUCAAUAGAUAAAUUGAAG